CCAGUUUCUUUCUCCGUACAAAUACUUCAAUCGCAAACAUGACGGGCCCGCCGAACAAGCGUCAGAAGCGGGAUGAAUACAGAAAAGCUCAAGCAGGUGCUAAUGGAUCUCAAAGUGGCAAGAUCGAACUCCCCAAGAAGAAAUUCUAUCGGCAGCGAGCACACGCAAAUCCGUUUUCCGACCAUGCUUUGACCUACCCAGCCAGUCCCUCUAAGAUGGACUGGACCGGUCAUUAUCCUGCAUUUGUGGAAACCGCCCAGCAGGACGGGACGGUAGCGACUAUGACAAAGGAAGUAGAGAUCGCAGACGUCGGCUGCGGAUUCGGAGGCCUGCUUGUUGCGUUGUCACCCGUCUUCCCCGAGACGUUGAUGCUGGGAAUGGAGCUUCGCACCCAAGUUCUCGACUACGUUAUCAACCGGAUUGCUGCGCUCCGGGCUCAGAACCAGACUUCUGACACCAAAUAUUCGCCCUAUCAGAAUGUAUCUGCACUUCGCACAAACACCAUGAAGUUCCUUCCCAAUUACUUUCGCCGAAGCCAGCUAUCGAAAAUCUUCCUCUGCUUUCCAGAUCCACAUUUCAAGCAGAGAAAGCACAAAGCUCGAAUUGUCUCAGCUCAACUAAAUGCAGAAUACGCAUUCGUCACGAAACCCGGCGGAAUGGUCUACACAAUCACUGACGUCGAGGAACUCCACCAGUGGAUGGUCAAGCAUUUUGAGGGUGAAGAAGCUGGUGAUGCGAGAGAAUUGUGGCAGAGAGUGUCGGCAGAUGACCUGGGCCUGGAUCCUUGUGUCAAGAUCAUGAGUGAGGAGACCGAGGAGUCCAAGAAGGUAACGAGGAAUGGUGGAAAGAAGUUCAUUGCGGUAUUCAGAAGGAAACAAGACCCCGAAUGGCCGGAGUGAUAUGCUCGCAACACUCCAGCAUUCGAAAGCAAAGGUGAUGGAAUGUCAAGUGUCAGAUCUUUGCAAAUGCUGGAGACUUCUCAAGCUCAUGGCGCCUUCUUCUCGUCCUUCUCGCCAGUCAACGUUUCUGCACUUUGUCUGUCACCUACAUUACUUUCGGUAGGAGCCAUGCCAACCACUUCACCGCUCUUCAGUGCGUCAACGUCGAUUUGAGGACCAGUAUAGUUCUUGCGACCAUCAACAAACCACUGGAUGACCGAGACUAUCAGGACAAUUGCAAACGCUGCAAUGCAAUAGUUCAUGUUGUUGCCGGUCACUGGCAACUCUGGUGGAAACAUGAAGAGCACAGUCGUCAAGAAGGCGUAAGCGAUCCCGAUCUGCUGCUGGUCAACGUUGCUGUCGAAGAGCGACAAGGAAGGACUUACCAAAUUACACGUCCAACCCAGCCAAUUUGGUAAAAUGAAAGCGCGAGAUUCGGGCAACAUCUUUCUGCCCCGGAGGCAGUUUAUGGCGGGCGGAAUGGCAUACGUUAUCCCGAGAGCUACGACCGAGGCCGAGACGAUGGCGUUACUGUGGUGUCGUCAGGUUCGACAGCUCCAUGACAUGUCUGCGGGGGAACUUACAAGGCACUGCUUGAGCCAAGGAAUAUACACCCAAAGAUUAUGACGAGAAUGAGUGUCAACCAGAGAGCAUUUAGAGGCACAUCCAACCGCUUGUCGACUUUGGCAAAAAAUUUCGAAGCUGGAAGCCCGCGGUCUCGAGCGAAAGCAUACACCAUUCGGCUACUAGUAGUCAUGAUAGAGACCCCAGCGAACUAUGCGGCCAGUCAGCUUGGCCAUGCUUCCGGGAUAGUGUGACUCACCAGCAAGCAGACCAAAGGAAACAUCAACAGGCAUAUGGAGCCUGCUUUGUUGUUGGUGGCAUCAUAAAAGAUUUGCAACAUCGGGCCCGCCGCAGAGCUGAUGACAUUGUCGAGAUCUUUGGAGACAAAAAGAAGAACGCUCAGGUAUACAAAGCCCGUGACUACACCGAUCAAGACACAGGCUAUCAUGAUGCGAGGACCCUCAACGACAGGGUUGUUCAGUUCUUCGAUACAAUGGCUUACUGCGUCGUAUCCGGUCAAUCUGCAACAAGCCAUCCGGGUCAGCAUCCAAAGACUGCAAUGCAUGUGAGCUUCGUUCUGGAUCACUCACCCGAGACCGCCCUGCAACAGGCCUAAAAGCCACGCCAGUCCAUCGGGCCAGCCAGUCUCAUUGAUGAAGGUGCGAUAGACCACAUCGCCAGAUUGAUAAUGAGGCGAGGAGCAUGCGAGGACAGUUAUCGAGAUGACCAGCCAACCCGUAAUCGACCAAAUCAAAGCUGCUUUGGUGAUCGAGGGAAGGAGUCUUGUCAUGAAGGCAUUGACCAGAAACGCGAAAGCAUUGUAACCAAUGUAGAUCAGAAACUGAUGCCAGCGUUGCGGCUCGUAAGAGGACGUCGUGAGCGAGAUGAUCCCCAGGAUGAGCUGGCUACCCAGAAGACCAGCAGUCGCGGUCAGUGCAACCCAGCCGGCGG